GCUAACAAACCAAAGUGACAGUGAACAAUUAAAACAAAAGCUCAGAGAAUGAAAGUCUAAUAAUUAAAAUUAUAUAAUUUAACGUUGAUAAAUAAAAUUAGUUGGUCUGACUAAAUUUUCCCGCGUCAUUUGAAUUGGGGACGAAAUGAAUAUAACGAUACAUGAACCAUCCUAAGCUAGAUUACCUUCGACAGUUUGUGAAACCUAAUGACCCGAAGGAGGAAUAUAAAAUACUCGCUCCAAUCGGUAGUGGGACCUACGGAGAUGUCUUCAAGGCGGUUCAUCGUGAGAGGCGAACACUGGUGGCGGUUAAAGUUAUGAAGAUUGAUCUAAAGGAUGACAUUCGAUCAAUUUGUCAAGAAAUACACACCUUGAGAGAAUGUCGGCAUCCAAAUAUUGUGCAGUUUUAUGGUAGUUAUCUUAGAAAUAACAAAUUAUGGAUAUGCAUGGAAUAUUGUGGUGGACAAUCUAUGCAAGAUAUUUAUCUCUAUACCAGACGUCCCUUAGAAGAAGACUGUAUUGCAUUUGUCUCCAGAGAAACUUUACAAGGUUUGAACUUUAUGCACAAUCGUGGACGUAUUCAUAGAGAUAUUAAAGGUGCUAAUAUUCUUCUGACAGAUGACGGUCAUGUCAAAGUGGCGGAUUUCGGUGUCGCCGCCCAACUGAGUACUUCGAUUGCCAAACGGACAACUUUAAUUGGAACACCCUACUGGAUGGCGCCUGAGGUAGCCUCAAUUGAAUCUCGUGGCUCGGGUUAUGAUGGAAAGUGUGAUAUUUGGGGUGUUGGGAUUACUGCUAUUGAAUAUGCUGAACUGCAACCUCCAAUGUUCGAUUUAGACCCUAGGAAAGCACUACAAAUUCUGGGUUCGCGAAACUAUAAGCCUCCUUCUUUACAAGACCGUCAUAAAUGGUCACCAUUAUUUCAUUCGUUUAUUAAAUGUUGUUUAAUCAAAGCAGAACGACGAAGACCUGAUGCAGCUACAAUGCUCACACAUAACUUUAUUACAAAUCCACACUUGUCUACUUUAUUAACUCAACGUCUGCUGUGUUAUCGGAGACAAUUAGAAUCCUCAGCCAAAAAUACUUAUUCUCAUGGAGACACAGGAGUAUCUUUAUCAAAUAAGAAGAAUCCUCCGUCUGAAGGUAAUUUUAUUUUCCCUGAUAAUCAUGAACCACCAGUAUCCUAUCCCGCUAUGCCUGCUUCAGUUCGACAGGAUGAAUUUUUCAAAUCUCUUCGAGUUAAUGAUCUCCCAGUUAGUCACAGAAUCGAUGCUAAUGGUCCUGUGCAUUUUGUCUCAUCACAACAACUGAUUAUUGAACGGAAACCGGAACAAUUUCCAAGUGUACAAAUUCAAAGCAGUUUAUCUUGCUCUGACUUAGCCGACCUUGGUUAUAAUAAUGAUCUUACAAAGAAUUGUAAUGAGAUUGCAGAAUCUACAGAUGUGAACUACAUUUCACAAGGAAGAGAAAUCGCUAUAAAUAAUAAUGAUAAUUUAACUAGAAAAAACUAUGCACCAGAUAUAACAGUUACAGCUAAUGGAUUUGUUAAACAUUCACAAUCCGACUUAUCAUCUCAGUCUAAUAAUGCACAACAACAAGCUGUGAUUCGACCUUUAUUACCAGCGAAAUCCUCUAGACACUCUUCAGUGUUUAAUAAUGAUAGUAAUCAUUCUGUAGAUUCAACAAAUUCAUUCAAUCAAAAUAAUAAUAUGGCUCCUCUUAUCUCUACUGAUAAUAACAGUAAUAUUAAUAGUAAUAUUGAUAAAUCAUCAGCUGUAACUAUUACCACUAAUAAUAAUGAUAAGCAAAAACCUAGUCGUCCUUGUCCGCCCAUAAUACGACUUAAUCCAUCACGUUUAUCAAAUAUAAACAGUGUUGGUGGAAUAUCUGAAGAAACUGAUUGUUUAACAGAAAAUCAUUUAUUUGCUGAUCGUUUAUUACAUAUCAGUUCAGAGGAUUUGCUCAGUGAGGUAAUGGAUGCAUUUGAAAAACGUCGUAGUGGUGUUGAUUUCCGUACAUCUCAAUCCAUUGAUGGUUUCGAUGUUAGUCGGAUGGAUAAUGAGAUCAAAUUGAAUAAUGAAUCACAAAAUGAUACUUCAAUAAUACAACCGAACAUUCCUCUAGCGCCACGUUCACGUUCGAAACGACGCGCUCCCCCACCACCGCCAUUACAAUCAUCAUCUACAGCAUUGAACAUUAUUACAACGACUAACACUACUACUGCUACUAAUAAUAAUAUAAUGUGUUCAUCAUUAGAUCAAACAAUCAAUUUGUCCUCUUUGGAUAUUGGCAGCAAUAUUUCAAAGACCGAUAAGUUAUUCAUCAAUGGCAUCUCUGCUCCAUCGCAUGAAAAUCAUGUUGAAGAAACAUCAAAUGAUAUAACAUUAAAUUACAAUAUUAAAAUAAUUCGAGAGGAUUCUAUGGGCAGUAAUGAUGAUGAUGAUAAUGGUGAUAAGACUGCGAAAUACAAUAGUUCUGUCAGUAUAAAUCAUAAUGGUCAAUUAUCCUCUUCUAUAAACGAUAAUGAUAAGACAUUAACACCAGCUCCACCCAGACCUCCACCACCUAAAUUAAAUAAUAAUCAUACUGGUGUAACGUCUUUGCCAACACCUCUUCGAAAUAGUAAACAAAAUGACGACUCAUCAAAGCAUAUUUCACGUCAACACCAAUUAGAAAUGGGUAUUGGUCUUCCUCCUACUCCAAAAGUUCAUAUGGGUGCUUGUUUUAUGCAAAUAUUUGAAGGUUGUCCAUUGAAAGUGAACUCAACUGCUACAUGGGUAAAUCCAGAAACUUUAAGUCAAAUCAUUCUGUUUGGCACAAACGAUGGUAUUUAUUACCUUGAUUUAGUCAAUUUAGCUGAUGGUACACUAGAAUUGCUCGUUCCAAGACGAUGUCUUUGGUUAUUUGUAUUCAAAGAUACAAUGAUGUCAAUAUCAGGUCAACAUCCGCAAUUAUUCAGUCAUAAUUUAAUUUCAUUAAUGAAAAGUCGAACAUCACAAACACGAUUUCUUCAUAAGCGUUUUCAACCAACUGUCAAAGUUCCAGACACACGAGGUUGUUAUAUAGCAACUGUGGUACGUAAUCAAUUCAAAGGGAUGAAAUAUUUAUGUGGUGCUAUUGAUAAAAGUAUCCUCGUUAUGGAAUGGUAUAAUCCAAGGAAUACGUUUAUUGAAGUGAAACGUGUUGAAGUACCGUGUAUGCCUAAUCCGUUGCUUAAUUUCGAUUUAAUAAUUAAUCCAAAUCAAACUCUGCCUACAGUAUGCUUAGGUGUAUCAUCUACCCCAGAUCCACUUGUCUAUAAAUUGCAUCUUGUAAAUCUAAAUGAAAAUUCAAAUUCAUCAUGGUAUACAAAUUCUUGCAGAUUUGAAGAUCAGUUGCAAGUGAUUAAAGUUGUACAGCUUGAUACACGUUCGUUGUUAAUUUGUUUUCCCACACACGCUACAAUGGUGAAUAUGAAUGGUCGUGUACUAGUUAGUAGAGAUGGACGAAUAGCCAAAUUCCCAUUCGAUACAACAGUCGACUCCAUUGUUCGAUUGCAUGACAGUGUACUCGCUUUUCAUACACAUGGUUUGAGGGGUAUCGAUUUCUUCGGUAGGGUUACACAAGAUAUUGAUGACGAUAAACAUGUAUAUCGACUAUUAGGAAGUGAUCGGAAUAUUGUUGUUGAGAGCAGGCCAAGUGAUGAUCCAAUGUCGAAUUCAAACCUCCUUAUUUUGGUUGGACACGAAGAUUCAUCCUGAUUCAUAAUUAUUAGUUUUAUUAUCAUUUCGGGGAAAAAUACGAAUUGUUUGCACACCUGAAAACUGUUUGAAUAACUCAUUUAUUCUAUCUUCAAUUGAUCACAGCAAAGGCAUUGAAAAUAUUAUUUCAUCGAGUUGGGAAAUUCUAUUCGUUUUUAUAAUUGACGAUUUAUAGUGUUAUGUUUAUUAUGAAUUCGGAAAACAACACAUACUCUAUUUGUGUAUGUCUAAAGGAUGGUAAAAGUGUGUCCUCUGUAAUGAACGGUGAAAAUUGUUUAAUACUUGGUUUUACCAUCAUAUUUUUUUGUUGAAAUCUAAUUUAUUUCUUUAUCUUUUCAUUUCUUUUUUUUAAUAGAAAAUAUUUCUCUUGUUAACUAUUUCUCUGGUCAAUCAUUAUUUUAUGAAAUUUGUACAGUCUUAGUUUUAUUUGUUCAUUUCUGAUCAGCAUUAUGCUCGCCCAUGAUCGGAUUUAUCUAACUAACACGUAUGUUUUCGGAAGCUAAUAAUGAACCUUGUUUCUGCAACUGAUUCGAACUUUCUUAUAAUGUCAUUUUUGAACAGUUCUGAUGACGAAACUGCCACUGACUAAUCCAUUUAUGAUUUAACUAAUAUGCCGUAUCAAGUAACCUAGAAUACUAAUCGAUACUUCUUCAGUCGCUUCUGAUAACUACUUGAAUGUGAAGCCCAAAUAACUUGUGAUCUGUGUUUUUUUUUCUAGGCACUUGGUUCUCAACCCGUGUGUUGCAUAGUUUCGAACAUCGGUUUACAUAUCGAAGCAUAAUAUCCAAAUGAUAUUACCAACAGUUAUAUAAUAGAUUCAUUUCAUAGAUUAGUAUAUGAACAUUUAUUUUCGUUACUCAGCUAAAUUAUUACUCACCUUGACCUGCAUACAGUACAAAAUGCUGUUGGUAAGACUAGGUCUGAGCUUUUAUUGUACUGGAAUGGAUAUCAUGUUUCUUUGUAGCUGCAUUCUUCUAGUCGAUUCUAUAAAAGACUAGUUCUUAACUGUAACAAUAAUCAAAACACACCCAUCAAUCUAGGUACGAACGUCUUGCUCCAUGCCAGUGUGAUAGCUUAAAUUAAUUAAUCCACAUUAUUUUCUGUAUUUACUUAUCAAGAUGAUGCUAUUAUGAAAUUGGUCUUUUAAGAGAUAUUAAAAAUAUCAUAGGUAGCACAAAUACUUACUUUCUCGAAUGAUGACACGCUUAAAAACUAAACCAAUUUUUACUAUUGGUGAGUCUCUGUUAGAAACCGCUUUUUCUCAGGAUAUAUAAUCAGCAAUAUAUUUGAGAUCACUUUCCUAUUGAACUGUGAUAAAAAAAGACCGACUUCACAACGGAAUCGAAAGAGUAGUAAUGUGAACGAUAUUAUGCAACUAAACACAAAGAAUAUAGUUUGGGAGCAGUGAAGCUCAUUAAUCAGAAGUAUAGAAUAAAAUUGAAACUCCGGAUUUAUGGGAAACAAAAUAAAUGCAAUUGUGCCACUGAGACCAAUUUUAAGCCGUGUUACCUAUCUAGUUACUUUACUCCCUGUAGGCUGGUCGGUUCUGACGCGUUUCAAAUGAAAGUUAUGGAAACCUGAGGAUAUUUCUACUUCAGGAGGAAGUCUACCUGAAGUUUGUGAUGACGUUAUUCAGAAGGACAUGGAAAGCUCCACGACCAAACCACCUAGCUCAGAGAACAAAACUGCAUCUAAAUCACCCACCUGAGUUACGAAUAUUCACCAUCUCGAUAUUUCUACAUUGUUAUUCAAGGCGUUUGAGACGCUUUAUUUUGUUAAACUCUUCAAACAGAAAUAGGUCAUUAUUGAAUUAUUUCUCAGAAGGGAAGUAAAACUUUAGUCCUGAUAUUUUCUGCUGAUGAAGAUCUGAGUUGUUCGUGUGCCCGAUGUGUGUAUCCUGACAGGAAAUUGAUCUCCAAAUAGUUAGACAUGAAGUUUCAUUCCUAGGCGAGUACGUAUGACGAAACUAUACACAAAAUAGAGAUGCAGAGAGCUUUGAUGAACACGUCGAGGUUGCCAAAUUUAAUGAUAAUUUGUCGUAAGCUCCGAGUUGACGGACAUUAUUUAUCCAGUGAUAAACACUGCUGCUUGACGAAGACGAGUUCCACAGUCUGUUCAAGGAAUAAUUCAGUAGGGUUUUGAUAUAUUGCCUAUGUUCUAGAACCUACCGAAGGAUAAGUAUUUAAUACAUCGAUGAUCCGCUGUUCCCAAACCCCCAUUUAAGCGCCGACUAGUCGUGUGACGUGACACUUUCAAUACAAUUUUUGCCGAACCAACCCCUCUGCGGUUACCAACAACUUUAUAAUACGAUGACUGUCCGUGAAUACAACUAACGGAGAGGGGAUAACAUUUUUGUCAGUUGAAAAUAUUAGAAACACGAAGCUCAGCGAAGGGAUCUCUUUCCAACGAAUUUAUUAUCAAGCUGCACAAUCGUAUAUAUACGGAAAUGUUUUGUUAAAGUACUAAUU